AUCGCUGGUCAGUGUGCGAGUGCGAGCGUUUGACAGACGUGGACGAUAUCCAUCGUUUUGGAUGUGAAGUUACGGCAAAAAAAAGAAGAAACAGAACCGGCGCGUGCCGGAAAAAAAACGCCAAACAACGCGGCACCAUAAUCUCAAAACGUACGGCGAAAUUAUAAGUGAACAACAACAGAACAUCGGUCACGUAAAUAAAACAACCCGACUCAUUCAUCAGGUGAUUGUUGUUGCGCGUGCGCGUUCCGGUACCCGCCAACAUGGAUACGAUACGAAAAGCGAUUCAUUCCUCGAGCAUAUGCCAGGAGGUUAGGUUAUCCGGCUUGUUAAGAUGCCUUCUGAGAAAAUAGAAAAGGGCUCGCAACUCGUGUUGAAACAGUUCAAAACGAUGGAUACCGAAACGAUAACUCAAAACAAUUCGAGUGCCGAACUUGUUCGUACGGACAGAAAUGACGAGUGCGAAAACGGCACCGGUGCCGGUGGCGGCAGCCUCAGAGAUGUUAAACUUAAAGACUGGAUCGCCGUCGCGAUUUUGUGCUUCAUCAAUCUCAUCAAUUACAUGGACCGGUUCACGUUAGCAGGAAUACUAGAAGAUAUUAUGGAAUACUACCACAUAGACCACAGCCGUGGUGGUUUGUUGCAAACGGCUUUCAUUGUAAGCUACAUGAUUUUUGCGCCACUUUUCGGCUAUCUCGGCGACAGAUACAGCAGGAGAUGGAUCAUGGGAGCAGGCGUCUUCCUGUGGAGCGUCACCACACUCUGUGGAUCUUUCAUGUCUAAUUUCUAUUGGUUCCUGCUCUUCAGAGCUUUGGUCGGAAUUGGCGAAGCGAGUUAUUCCACUAUCGCACCGACAAUAAUAAGUGACCUUUUCGUUAGUGAUGUCCGCUCAAAAAUGCUGGCCUUUUUCUAUUUCGCCAUCCCUGUAGGAAGCGGUUUGGGUUACAUAGUAGGUUCGAAGACGGCACAGGCGAUCGGCUCCUGGCAAUGGGCCCUCAGGGUGACGCCCGUCCUCGGAUUAAUUGCCGUCCUGCUCAUCCUGUUCGUCCUCGAAGAUCCGGAACGUGGACAGAUCGAGGGAAGCGGCCACAUGGAAACGACGCCGUGGAUCGAGGACGUCGUCGACAUCGUCCAGAAUAAAAGUUUUAUGUUGUCCACUGCCGGAUUUACAUGCGUGUCAUUUGUGGCUGGAGCUUUGGCAUGGUGGGGACCUUUGUUCAUAGAUAAAGGCAUCGCACUGCAAGGAUCGUCUUCCGGCAGCAAUGAUAAAUCAUCGUACCAAUUCGGGAUUGUGUGCAUGAUAUCGGGCAUAAUAGGCGUGCCGUUGGGCAGCGCGAUCGCGCAGCGCUAUCGUCCGACAAUCGAGAAGAUCGACGCGUACCUAUGCGCGAUGGGCGUCCUGGUGUCCGGGCCACUGGUCUACUUUGCUCUGAUCACGGCCCGUUACAGUACCGCCCUCUGCUACUUCUUCAUAUUCGUCGGUCAGCUGUCGCUCAACCUUAUAUGGGCGAUCGUCGCCGACAUACUACUGUACGUCGUUCUACCCACGAGGAGAUCAACUGCCGAAGGGUUCCAAUUGUUGGUAGCGCACGCCCUCGGCGACGCGGGAAGUCCGUACCUCAUCGGAGUGUUUUCGGACGCAAUAAACGCGUCGUUGGGCGGCAACGGCGAAAGUGACGACGAAAACAGUUUCCGGGCACUGCAGUACGCCCUGUUCAGCACCUGUUUCGUGGAAAUCGUAGGCGGUAUGUUCUUCCUGCUCACCGCCAUCUACGUCAUCCAGGAUAAGCGUAAAGUCGAAAAGGCUGUGCAAAAGCAUUUGGCCACACAAUCUGAUGAAACAGGCGAGCCAGAAUAAACUCAACUACGCUACUGAAAUUCGUUGCUAGUGAAUGAAAGUGACCAGGGUAGUUCUUGAUUGUUGGUAUACUAAAAUUCAAAGACGAUUUCUUUCAAUGUAUUUAGUGUCGGUUGAGCCCUUUGUUCCAUAAACGAAACAACAAAAGGUCGAGAGCUUUUUUUGUAAGUUAAACAUUGUGCGAGAUUCUUUUUUAAUUUAAUAUUUAAAUCAAAAGACUUUGGUAAGUAUUAUUUCCGUGGCGAGUGCGUUUAUACCUAGUUCGAAAUAUUAUUUGUAUAUACACGGAUUUAUUAUGUGAUGUACAUAAACUCGAGUGUUUUCAACGAUUCGAAUAAUGAUAGGGGAACAAAGAUAGACUGUUGCAAAAACUUCGGGUUCGAUUAUAUCAAAUGUCAGAAUUACUUGGGAGAUUACCCCGAUAUAUCUUUGUAUUAUAAUAUCUGUGAUGUUAUUAAGUAAUAGUGUUCUAAAAAUUGAAUAUCAAUAAGAAUGUUUUACAUAAAUUUAAUACAUAUCCAAGUUGAUUUUUUUAUGUGGAUCAUUCAUAUAUAUACAUA